GAUACCCAAAUACGGGGCAAAUUGAAAACAUAGAUGACUUUUCUUCUUAAUUACUAUUAUAUUUCUUGGUAGAUGUGUUUUCCUCCUAGGACACCUCCACAGAGGAGAGUCAUCGAGGAGCCACCACCACUUAUACCGUUCAAUGAUGUUCCUUUUUGGGGUCAAUCUUCUGAUUUAAGCUCGCCAACGCCUAGCUACAGUUAUAGCUACGGAUUUCCGUAUGAUACACCAAUUAGUAUGGACAGUAACUACUCAACUUCACCAAAAUUCAAUUUAGAUUUUGGUAGUUUUGGCAUACACGAUAGUCAGCUAUUCACGGCACAAUCUAAUGAACAUUACGGUGAUUUCUUUGGUGAUACUGUCACUUAUGUUGACAUGUAUGUCUCUUAUCAUGGGGAGUUUGUCAAGUGGGUGUAUGGUAUAUUCCGAAUUGAAAAAAUUGACGGAUCACCCAAGUAUACAGCCAAUAGUUAAGUCAAAAGUAGAUAAAGGAUUCAUAUGGUCAAAUAGUGCUCAAGAGUCAUUUGCUACAACUUAUAGACGGAAUUUCUUUCAGAUUAGCACUAAGGUGAUACUUCAAAUGGCUGGAAAGAUAGCACAAGAGGAGGAGAGCCUUAGUAACCCUCUUGUGGCAGUAUCAGGUCAUCUCAUCCCGAUCCUUUCAUUUCAAGUAGGUUUAAACGCGAGCAUGUACGACGAAGACGCCGUUGUUGAGGAUAGCGUAAACCUUGUACAAUUCUCAUCAGCUCGCGAGAAAGGACCGAAAGUUAAACCACAAAGAGAAUCAAUAACUGCGUUAAUAAACAGCACCAGUGAUGAUGUUGAGGCUCAAGCUGUAAAAUUUGAACGUAUACAAUUCGAGCGCUCAACGAACAGGAAGAUGGAAAAAUUCCGCUUAAAUGUUACCUUAUACGCUCAACUGGAGAAUGGUGUAGAUGUUCAAGUCGCUACUGUUAAAAGCAUGCCUAUAUCUGUGCGAGGUAGAUCACCUGCGCAUUAUACUGACGAUAUGUACACUGGUAGGAGUCUACCAAGAGUCAAAUCCUCGCAGACACUUCGGAAUAAAAUGGCUAACACGAUGCGUGUGUCUAAAAGUACACCUUCAUUGUCAAACACUAAAGCAAGAGAGAAAAUGUCUACUAUGACGGUUAGCGGAUCAAGUAAACCAACACUUGAAGACCUUGCGACAGCAUGUGAGAUUGAUAUGGCUACACUUUAAAUAUUAAAAUUAACAGAAUAAGGACGAGAAUGAUUAUUGUUAUGCAAUAAGUUGAUGUAUUUGACUUGAAUUUUCUGUCUAGUUUUCCUAAAAGAGUGUUACUCCUUCCUAAGCGUAAUUGGGUAUCAUCUAGACCAAGUUCUAAGUCAUUCAAGAGCUCAUUAUGUUGACCAAGUUCUGUCGUCAUUGUGUUGCUCAAUUGGUGUUGAUUGUGUAUUGACUGUGAAAGAUUAUCUAAGUGGGUAUCUUGUUGAUCCAUCAUAUCGUCAUAGUUGAAUAGAUGUUCUUGUUGGCUAGUUGAUGGUGUUUGCUGGAUAGAUGUCGACUUUGGAAGGUGUGUGAGCGGCAUUUCUUUAGCAGGCUUAGGAGAAGGUUUAUCCUUUCCUAGUAAAUCGAGUAGAUUGAGAUAUUGGUGCUUAAAUUUGAGUGCCUGGUCACUGUCAUCGUCUGCUAAUACCUCAUAACCCUCCUUGAGCGUUUCUAAGUUGCUAUCUAAUUCGUCAUCAUCGUAUUUCAAUCCCAGUUGUAGUAUCUUCUCCCUUUCUAGUAAUUUAGAUAAUGUUGAGGUUGCAAUUAGAGAUAGUCUGUCCGUUGUAAUC